GUGCAACGGUGUAAACAUGUUCAACAUUGCGCUCGCAGUUGCAAUUUUCCAUUUCCUGAGUGCGGUGUCCUUCGGCGUGGCGUACAGCCACCUGCCACCUGCCGUGCAGCUGGGCGGUGCCAUAGUGGCGGCCGUGGAGCAGGACGCCGAGCAGGAAGCGGCCACCGAGGAGCACCAUCGGGUGCAACGUGAGUGGCUGCAAAUUGCCGAGCUGCAGCUGCAGAAGCUCCUCAACGACCAGCUGAGUGCCGAGGAGAUGGGCAACAUGCUGGAUACGUGGAUAGCCGAAGGUCGCGGCAAGCAUCAGCACAAGAAGCAGCAGAAGAAGCUGGCCAAAAUGCUGUAUCCCGUGCUGGCCGCCGCAGCUUUGGCCAAAAUCGUGCUGCUGCCCUUGGUCUUGAAGUGGCUGACGGCGCUGUCGACCUCGUCGUUCGUUAUGGGAAAAAUCGCGCUGGUCACCUCCGGUCUGCUGGCCCUGAAGUGGAUCAUAUCCGGCGGGGGGCAUGCAAGAGAUCGCCUGGAGAUCAUUCACUCAUCGAUCCCAGCCAUCAAGGGCUUGCACGGCCUGUCGGCCCACGCAGACCUUUCGCCCAGCGACAGCAGCUGGAUGCCCAUCCGGCCGCCCUACAUCCCCCUGGGUGUGACCAAGGAGCAUGGCCCAACUUUUUACAAGCCAUUUUUAUAGGUCACUUCGCUGCGCAAGAAUCGGAGGAGAGUGAGAG